ACAGUAAUACUUGUUUUACCCAAUAAAUGUGAUACUGUAUAGUGAAUGCCAUAUAAUUGUUCCACAGGAAUCCCUUGUAAUACGUUUGCCUUGGCUCCAGCAAUAUGUCUGUCUGUGAGGAUAUGCUUCUUUGCAAUUACCGCAAAUGUCGAGUCAAGCUUUCGGGCUACGCAUGGGUCACAGCCUGCUCACAUAUCUUCUGUGACCAACAUGGCAGUGGAGAGUUCAGCCGAUCACCAGCAGUCUGUCCAGCUUGCACCAGUGCCCUCUCUGGCAAGUUGGAUAUUGUUCGGACAGAGCUCAGUCCUUCUGAGGAAUAUAAGGCCAUGGUAUUAGCUGGAUUGCGUCCAGAAAUUAUUCUGGAUGUCAGCUCCAGGGCUUUGGCUUUCUGGACAUAUCAGGUCCAUCAAGAGCGCUUGUAUCAAGAGUACACCUAUAGCAAAGCAGAGGGCCACCUGAAGCAGAUGGAGAAAGUCUACGCUCAGCAACUCCAGAGCAAAGAUAUGGAGCUGACAUCCAUGAAGAGUGAAGUCUCCUCCUUGAAGAAAGUAUUGGAGGAAUACAAAAAGAAAUUCACUGAGCUCUCCGAGAAACUCAUGGAGCGCAAUCGCCAGUACCAAAAACUGCAGGGCUUGUAUGACAGCCUGAGGUUACGGAAUAUUGCUGUGGCCAAUCAGGAGGCAGGCCAAGAGCCUCCCAUGAUGCCUCAGCCCGCUGCCUUUGGUUUCCCUCUGGGUAACGCUGCCGGGCUCUCUGGGAACACUACGCCUCUCCAGGGCCGGCGUGGUGAGGGGGACUUCCGUUUCAAGCCCUUCUUUGCCUCCUCUCCACCAAUGGGCGAGUCUGGCAACAGCUUCUUUUCCUUUGCCUCUCCUGACAAUGAUUUGGAACAACACACAGGAGGCAACAGGGCUUAUAAAAUUAAGAGAAUGUAAACCCUAAUUUGCAUCUACAUUUAAUUGCAGGACCUUCUGAAAGUCCGGCUCAGUGUUUACGGGCCUGAGGUUUAAACAUAAAACAAAAUCUCAGCCCUAGAAAUCAGAUUUUCAUUACACCAGUAAUGUCAAUUAUUUUCCUGAAAACCUGAGCCAUGUCAUAUGUUAAAGCAAGAGUUUCUACAAUGAAAGGGUGACAGUUUUCAAAGUCAGUAUUUUUUGAACUGUUAUAUUGCUGUGUUACUGUAGUUGACCUGUGCAUGAGUUUGUUACAGUACACAUCUUGUCAUUGUUCUGUCACCUAGCAACCUCCGU